GGCGAACCUGCACCCCGCAAUAACGCUGCAUCGGCAAUGAGGCGACCGCCGAGAACGACAUAAGUAUUGAUUCGUGUCAACCGAGAACGACAUAACUGACGCGUGUUUAUCGAGCACGACAUAACUGACUUCCUGCUAGUCCGAUAAGAGAGCACAUCUAGAUGCGGUAACUAUCAAGGCCAGCCGACCCUCGAGGUUACAUAUUAAGUUUGGCUUCCCUUCGAGGUAGCCGCAACUUCAUCGCAUCGUUCAUAUCAUCGAUUUUUGCAGUCCGAACGGCUACCUGUUCGUGUUUUCAUCAACCUUGACAUGGCUGAACCUAGCACACAUGUGUCGAAGACAGCCUCCGCUCAAGGACUGGAGGAGAAGCAGUUUGGAUUGCAACCGUCCACGUCAGAAUACGAUGGAGGAAGCGUCUCCUGGACCGUCGCAGAGGAAAAAAAGGUCUUGCGAAAACUCGACUUCUAUCUGAUGCCACUGCUUGUGCUUGGAUUUCUUGUGCUACAACUUGAUCGUAGCAAUAUCUCCAAUGCGUUGACGGACACUAUCACCACCGAUCUUGGGAUCACUUCAAACGACGUGAACCUAGGCAACCAGUUGAUGCUUGCGGGCAUAAUCAUCUCCGAAUUGCCGUCCAAUCUGGGGCUACAGCGAGUGGGCGCUCCCAUUUGGCUUACUGGGCAAAUGUGCAUCUGGGGCACAAUUGCUCUAGCACAAGCCUGGGUUACGAACGUUGACUCUUUCUUCGCCACACGGUUCAUCCUCGGCGUAUUUGAAGGCGGGUACGUCCCAGGAGCUCAAUACAUGCUCUCUUUGUUUUACACUAGAGAAGAGCUUGCUUUGAGGACUGCCAUCUUCUACUUCGGAAAUUACUUCGCAACGGCCACAGGCUCUUUGAUGGCAGCCGGCAUCUUACAACUAGCCGGCCGCAGUGGUCUCUCAGGCUGGCAGUGGCUUUUCAUCAUCGAAGGCAUAUUGACCCUGGUUGUGUUUCUUAUAUUCGUUCUCUUUCUGCCGAAAAGCCCUAUGCAGACCAAACCCAUUCACGGUUAUUGGGAUGUGUUCUCCGAGAAAGACAGAACCAUCAUGUCAGCACGCAUGCAUGGCUUGGACCGCAGCGCCAAAGCCAAUAUGAGUUGGAUCGAAGUAAAAGAGGCUCUCCUAGACGUCCGCCUCUGGUUGCAUCUCAUACUCAACGUGGCCAGUCUCGCGCCCAAAGGCGGCCUCCAGCUCUACGGGCCCUCGGUUAUCAAAAGCCUCGGAUUCUCCAAAACCAAGGCCAAUGCACUCAACUCUGUCAGCAGCUACCUCGUCGUCGUCUUCUCCUUCCUCAUCUCGUAUGCAUCCGAUAAGACACGCCUUCGGGGCCCAUGGUGCAUUGUUGCAUUUGCCUGGUCUAUGGCGUUUGCCGGCGCACUGCAUGGCUUGCCGCUCAAUGCGAACAGAUGGACCCGGUACUGGGUGUUCACGUUCUUGGGAAGUGGCAAUGCGCUUGCGCAGGGAUUAAACGAUGCAUGGCUAAGCGCGAAUGCAAAGACUCCUGCGAAGCGGAGUAUUGGUCUCGCACUCGUGGUCAUGGGCUCUAACUUGGGGGGUCUAGCAGGACAGCAGAUGUUCAGAACUUCGGAUGCACCAAGGUACCAGCGAGGGUUUCUCGCUAUCUUGUGCCUCUACGCGGCGUCUAUUGCGAUCGCAUGCGGUAUAAUGGCGGUAUAUUGGUGGACGAAUAAACGAAGUGCAGAGGUACAUACGGCUCAACAGAACGAAGACCGCGAAGAUCCAACGACGCAGCCAUUCGUAUGCCAGCUGUAGAAUGUUUGCAGCGCUGUAGAGAUGGUGUAACUAGAUAUUGCUCGCAAAUCUUGAUUGUACUUUCAUUCAACGUUGUUGAGUUUAUAGAUUUAAUCUUUUCUUCACACUCUUUUCCACGCGCUGGCAACUUUAAAUAUGUUCUUUUUCUUUCCUAGCUGUUCUAUUCCUUCCGUCUUAUCGGUUAGCUACAUUCCAGGAUCAGGCAGCCUCUUGAAAGGGAUAAUCAGACGGUAGGACCGAAAGCGCUGCACACACCAACGAAAUCACCAAGACGUCCUUGGUGCCUGUUAUAUACGUAGCAAUUGUCGCAGCUAGAUUAUCGACGUUGAACAAUAGCUGGAAUUUGUGGGCGCUGAUGACUAGGGUUAGGGCGACAUCGAGGUUGAAUG